GCCUCUGAGCAGACAUUUAUCCCAAGAUACCCACCAUAAGUCUGCUUUUUAAUGUAUGUAGGGGGGUCAGUGUGUGCGUUAGUGUGUGUGUGUGUGUGUGGCCGGUGUUCUCUAUUGUUGUCAUCAUUCCUAAAAGCCUUAGUCUGUCUUUUUGAGUGCUGUUUAGUGGCCUUUCAGGGUUUUAUAAAUCAGAGAUGCUGCUUCCUUCACAAGUCAGGAGGAUAUGGAGACUGAGCGAGAAGCUGCAGAGGAUUUGACAACAACAGAUAGAACUGGUUCCUGAGGCCUGACUGAGCCCAGGAAUGGCCCUCAUUGAACUGAAAUGGAGUUUGUUUCAGGCCAAGGCUCUAAUCUGCUCACUGCUGGUCCUCCUAUGUCUGCACACAGCCAAAGGAAUGUCAGGGUGGGGUGGAUGUUUGGAUGGUCAGGAUGCAUUUGCAACAGUCAGAGAAAACAGCCUUUCGGGAGAAAUCGUUGCUGAACUCUUGGCUGACACCACAAUGGAGGGGGUUCACUGGAGCCUAGAUGGAAAGGAUGCUGAUUGGUUCUUCUUGGAUGAAAGAUACAUCCGGCUGAACACAUCAGCUGACAAAGUCCUCGACCGAGAGGCCCAGGGUCCUGUCCUAAUGGCUGAGUUGUCGUGUUAUGAGGAGGACACACUUCAGAGUGUGUACAGGAUCAUGGUGGAGAUUCUCAAUGAGAAUGAUAAUUCCCCUGUGUUUACAGAAGACACUGUCCAGUCUCUUAUUAUAAGUGAGCUGACUCCAGUGAAUAUUGUGGUCUUCACUGUCCAGGCCACAGACGCAGAUAACGACAAGAUCAUUUACUCCAUUGACCAGACAUCACCUGAUGCGGAGUACUUCAAGAUUGAUCUACCCAACAGUGGAGAGGUGAUCCUGUCCAAGCCUCUAGACUAUGAGACCAAAACCCUGCUUACCAUUACCAUCCACGCCUCAGAAAUGAGCACUGCUGAGCACUUCAAUACCAGCACCAACAUCACCAUCUCGGUCCUGGAUGGAGAUGAUCAGUACCCACAGUUCCUGCCCUGCACGCUGCUUUUCCAGGAUGAGACCAGUCGCAUCUGCACAAGCCCUGUGUACACAGUCAAUGUCACAGAAGGAGAAGAGGACAUUGUGUUGGACUUCUCUCCUGGUCCCAUUCAUGCAGUGGAUGGAGACAGAGGACUCAGCUCUUCAAUCAGCUAUGCCAUUCUCUCAGGAGACGAUGAUGGGCAUUUGUUGAUGGACAGAGAGACGGGGGAGGUGAAGCUGACUCGGGGGGUUACAGACAGACUCACAACUCCAGUGCUGCAUCUACAGGUCAUGGCGUAUCAGGACGACGACCCAAGGAAGUAUUCUGUUGCUACAGUGUUGGUCCGAGUUCUGGCAGUGAACCAGUUUUAUCCAGAGUUCGACAUGGCAGAAUAUCAAGGCUUUGUAACUGCAGGAAUGAGCCCUGCUUCUCUGGUCAAUACCUAUGGCAGCAAACCCCUGAUGCUACAUGUACAAGAUCAAGACUUUAAGCAUGGUUUCAAUCCCAUGAUCUACUGCACCUUCAGUCUGACAUCCAAUCACACAGACAUCUACCAAAUCACACAGGAGGGUCUUCUGAUCGCCAGGACCAAUCAACUCAAACCAAAACAGAAACAUGUUCUAGAGGUAACGGCUAUAGACCAGGAGUCGGGUGAUGUCACCUUUGCUACUGUAGUGGUGGAGGUGUUAUCUGAAGGACAAUCAAUCCCGCAUAGUCCACUGGGAGAUGGUCGUCUGACAGGCUGUACUGUGGGCAAAGCGUUGUUCCUGAGCAUGGUGUUCAUGACUGUAUUUGGAUGUAUCCUGUCUAUGGUGAUGUGGCUGAAGAAGAAACACAAGGGAAAGAGGGACCCACUGGAGAGAGGCUGUGUGGCCCAGGGCAAACACCCUAAUGUGAGCUUACGGUGGUUCCAACUGGUGAGUCACGGUAGCGCCAUGGAGGAAGUACCCUGCAACAAUGAAGAAUAUGGAACCUACAAUCCUUCCUUCAGCUUCCCACACAAACCUGGCAUCUACACCCACCAAGACCUCCCCCCCUGCCGAGGACCCGUUCCACCCAGAACGACCGCUGCACCCGACACCAGCUUCAACCCCACUGAAACUCUGCACAGCCCUGUGAUCUUCAGUAAUAAUGUUUCUACACCAACCAAAAGCUCCUCCAGUUCACUCACUUUUCACCCAACCACUGUGGAUGUAAGCCCCACACAGAUGGCUCAAGAUGCUGCUCUACCCAAAGAAAACCCUGGUUCACCAACUGAUACAUCCCUUGACCCUACUGAGGCACUACCUAACACCAAUCCUAGCCCUGCAACCCUUGAUGCCACCAGCACUCCACCGUUCACCUGUCCUGAUUCACAAACUACACAAACAACCACCAACAAUGAUCCUGCUGACAUAGUCACCAGCCCCUCCUCUCAAUCCAGUGUUGCAUGCAGUCAUACCCGAAUUGCUUUAGCAGAAAUAGACAAACCCUUCCGCAAACCUCGUGUGAAGACCCCCCCAUAUUCACCUUUACAGUCCUCACCCCUUCCCACGCAGAUGAGCACACCCCAACCAACCCCAGAGCGUGCACCUUUAAAAGCCAAGCUGGUACAUAUAGAUACGUCUCCCCUUGAUAUACCUCCAGUAACACCGGAGCGAACAUCGAUGACUCUAAGCACAGAGGUAGACCGACCCUCCACAUCACUGGACCAAACAGACCAAUCAGAACACCCAGAUGGGGCUGCAGACACUGGUAGUCCGCCUCAGGACAGAAGGCCAUCGAGGAACUCAGGAAACAUGCAGGACAGCCGCCCACUGGGGGAUAAGGAUGAUGAUGAUAUUCUGGGAGAUGAAGAUGCAGACAAGAACAGUGAGGGUGAGUUAGAGCCAGACGAAGAAGAGCUGCUGAGAGUGAUGGCUCGUUGUAAUCCCAUUUUUAUCACAUUUAGUAAGUGAUGUCACUACAAUAUUGCAGGCACUGAAAGUGAUGGGGCGGACGACAGAGAAUGAAGGAGGUAAGGUGAAGAUGGAUGACACAGACAAGUGGACGCGUCAUCAAUCAAGAAAGAAACACUACAGUCUGGUUCCGCUUGUGCUGUAGGUACUGCUAAGACAAGUAAGAGGACAGAAUACAUACGCAAGCUAUACAGCAUACAAUUAUAAGACAUGAUGUUGUUCCAUUUAUACCUUACAGUUCGUUCAGAUGACAGGAAUGAAUGACCUUGAAUGCACAAUGCACUCUUUUAAAUCAAACGUAUCAGCAUAAAUUAUGAAUAGAUUUUUCAAGCAUACAACAUUCAUUGCAAGGUUAGUACCAGUAGAACAGCCUGAAUGAAUCAGUCAUGAAUCAAAUAUAUUGUCUGCGAAUGUUUACGAAUAAUAAUGAGAUUGUGUGUGUGUUUUCUUUUAAAGGUAAAUCCACAUGAAUUCACAUAGUGUAGAAAACUGCUGGAAUGCUGUUUAAACUCACAGAGGAAUGUGCAGCAGCAGUUCUGCACCCUGUGCAGUUCUGUGUAUUUACAAUUUAAAUAGCUGCAGAGUACUGUACGUUUGAAACUCUCACAUAGUGUACUGCAGCAUUCAUUUUUUUGUUAUGCCUGCUCUACAAGCUGCCUCCGUUUUUCUCUUUAAACAUGAGUAAAGUUAUUGUCUAACUGAA